AUGCUUUCCGAGAUUGUUCGCCGAGUCCGAACUAUUACCGGACACAGAAAUGAAUCUUCUACAUCAUCGACUAACGAUUCCGCGUCUUCGCCAUGUCCAACUCAAUCACUUCAUUCGGAGCCAAGUUCAUCAGGCGUUUCAUCAGGCGACGACGAUCAUCAAAAAAUGAGCGCUGAUCAGCAGAAAAGGUUUUGCGCAAAAUUGAUUCGAAUGCAACAAAAAUGGAGUAAUCGAGAGCAAAAUGAAAAGGAGAUCGCUGAGCUUUUGUCCCCGGAGGAUAGAUGUACGAUAUGUCACUAUCGUUUUGCGGCUGUAAAAUUUCUCCCAUGCGGUCAUCGCUUCGCCUGCAAGAGCUGCAUCGCUGCUUUGCUUCAAGAGAAUCUCGUUGAACGAUGGGCAAAUCGGCUAAAAUGCCAACAAUGCAACGAGUUCGUUCGACGAUUUCAUUUACUCGACCGGCCAACAGAUGAUCCAUCAAAAAUUGCAUCCACAUCGUCAAAAUCUCGUUUACGAGUCGGUUCAAUGUCGUGGAGCUCGUCAGCAAGUGGUGGAUCGACGCUUUCCACCACUUCAUCAACCACAUACGCUUCACAGCCAUCCAUCGCCUCAACCGUUUCCCAAGAUCUCUCAAAGAACAAUCCUUUCUUUGAUCCUUUCAGUAUU